UGACAUUGCUCAGAAUGUGUUGUAUAAUUCUAAUCUUAUAGUACAUUUAUAUCUUUUUGGUGCUUUUUCCGUCUGUUUGGCUGCUGUAAUGACAGCGGAACCAAUCUCAUGGCUUCAGGAUUUCGGCGGAGUCUAGCCAGCGUGACACGAUCCAAAAUACAGCGAUCGAGAGCUGGAACUGGAGCAAGCAUUGACAGAACUUUCUCCAUCAGCAGUUUUUGAAGUUACAGGCUGGUGAAUAUCUCGGACCUCUGUAACUUUGAGAUACAGAGGCUUCCUCUUCUGUGGUUGCGAUUCAGCGGUGGAUGACACCAUGGACGAGGAAGAUGACUGCCCAGAGCUGGUCCCCAUUGACAGUCAGCCGGGUGUCCCUGCUCAGCAGAUUCCUGUCACCAUCAUCACAGGCUACCUGGGUGCUGGAAAGACCACACUCUUGAACUACAUCUUAACAGAGCAACACAACAAGCGGAUUGCUGUCAUUCUCAAUGAAUUUGGAGAGGGUAGCGCUCUUGAGAAGUCCCUUGCAGUGAGUCAGUCCGGCGAGCUGUAUGAGGAGUGGCUGGAGCUGAGAAACGGCUGCCUCUGCUGCUCUGUAAAGGACAAUGGCCUUAAGGCCAUUGAAAACUUGAUGGAGAAGAAAGGAAAGUUUGACUAUAUUCUUUUAGAAACAACAGGUCUUGCUGAUCCAGGAGCUGUGGCCUCCAUGUUCUGGGUUGAUGCCGAGCUUGGCAGUGACAUUUAUUUGGACGGAAUCGUCACUGUCAUUGAUGCCAAGUAUGGGCAACAGCAACUAUCAGAAGAAAAAGCAGAGGGACUGGUUAACGAGGCAGCCAGGCAGAUUGCUCUCGCUGAUUUGACAAUUAUCAACAAGACCGACCUGGUGAAUGAGGAGGAGUUAAACCAAGUCAGAGACACUGUCAGGUCUAUAAACGGUCUCGUCAAGAUUCUGGAAACCCAGAGAUCAACGGUGGAUCUCUCUGAAGUGCUGGAUCUGCAUUCCUUCGACAGUCACGAUGGAGCAAGGUUGGCCGAGAAGCUGCAGCUUGUAAAAUCCACGCGGCCGCAUCUUGACAAGAGCAUUCUAACUGUGACCUUUGAGGUGACUGGUGAUCUCUCUGAGGAUGCCUUGAACGCCUUCAUCCAAGAUCUGCUUUGGGAAAAGAAGUUCUGUAACCAACAGGGAGAACCCAUGACUGUCAUCCGGUUAAAGGGGAUAGUUUCAUUUGCCAGUAAAGACCACCAAGUGAUGCUGCAGGGGGUCCACGAGCUGUACGAGCUGAAUGAGACUCCACAGCUUUGGGAGCAGAACGCACGGAUCAACAGGCUGGUUUUUAUAGGGAGGAACCUGGACAAGGGAAUCCUACUGGAGCAUUUCACUUCUACUGUUGUGUUGGACACAGAAAAAAAAUAGGACCCCUUCUCUCCUCUCCACAUUCUCCUCUUCAGAGAAAAGUGUAGCUCUGGCCCUCCUUUAGGCUGACAAAGUCAGUCAGACCUUGUUUUUUUUCCUUUUUCCCUAUGACCGUGGGGCACGUCUGACAACGUUUACUUUGUUGUUGAUAUGGUGGAUCAAGUUGAGAUAAAGCAUUUAAAUCUGACCCCUUCAUUAAAAACAUUAAUGUCUGCCCACACAAAAAUGGUGCAAAGGCUGUGAAAUCUUACCAACACAUAGCAUUCAGUUUGUAGAACGAUCGGUCAACAAACACGGCAACUGUUGUGUCUUAGAAGUCAAAGUAGUGAUGCACACAAUGUAACCGUAUUUUAGGGUGGGCCUGUAGUAAUCCUGUUCAUGUCUGACACUUAUCAAGCUUUUGAUUCUAAGUUAUUAUGAAUAAAGUUCCUUUUGGACAGUGAAAUUAUUAA